GGUACGAGAUUGUGAAGGGGACGGGUUUAAAACUAGGGGUUUAUAAGCUAAUUUUUUGUUUGGUUUAAGAGGGAGAUAUAGUCUAUAUCUAUAUCGUACACAUUUAUUGUACAAGUUAAUUAUCAAGUGGUUGGUAGCUAUCGGGACAGCCUGAACAAGGGACUUUAACGAAGCCGCAGUUGGAUUAAAUUUGUUUCGCAUAGACGAGGCAACUGCAAAAACUUUUGGUGGCAAACAAUUUAACCCUGCACCGGAUAUUUUCACAAUGGAGGCCUUGUACGUACACAUCGCCAACAAGCUAGAGGGCAUCCGAUUUGGUCGGCCCAAGCCUUCCGGGAAACUGAUCGACCUGAGCGAGCUGCGGUCUUUGGAUUUGUGGCGGGCGGUGUUCGCAGAGUUCUUGGCUCAGCUCCUCUUUGUUUUCCUGGGCUGUGCGGCAACCAACCGGAGCAGUCACGCCGAGAUCGCUCUGGCCUUCGGCCUGGCCAUCAUGGCACUGGUCCAGAUGAUCGGUCACGUGAGCGGAGGCCACAUCAACGCAGCGGUCACCAUAGCCAUGGCGGUGGCCAUGAACAUCACUCUACUCAGGGCGGUCCUCUACAUUGUGGCGCAAGUUGGCGGCGCCAUCGUUGGGGGCUUCAUAUUGAAAGGAGUGACACCAGAGCUUCUCAACAAAAAUCUCGGCGCCACAACGUUAUCCAAUGGCGUGACCCCCGCCCAGGGGUUCGGUGUGGAACUCAUCCUUACCUUCUGUCUAGUCACCGUCAUCUUCGGCACUACCGACCCCAACAGAGCCUCCUUCGGCAGUCCAUCUCUCCUCAUUGGGCUAACUGUCACUGUGGGACACUUGGCCGGGCUCAGCUACACUGGAUCAAGCAUGAAUCCCACCAGGACUCUAGGGUCAGCAGUAGCCGCGGACAUCUGGGCUGACCACUGGGUCUACUGGGUGGGACCCAUUGCAGGCGGAGUCAUUGCUGCCAUUCUGUACAAAUUUGUGUUGAACCCAUACAGAGGCGUCACCAACCUGGAUGAAGCCAUCAACAAACUAAAGACUGAACUGCCCAUACAAACAGAUGAUAUUAAUUUGAAGACUGUCGAAUAGAUCAAGACGAAACAACAGUUGUGGUGAUACCCCGUGACUACUUCAAGGGAGGCGAGAAAUUAAAACCGGAGACAACGCACAUGUAAUUUUAUUUAGGCUUAAUUUUUUUUUCCUUCAGCAUUUUUAGUCAAAUCAAAUUGUAUUUAAUCACACUUCCUAUUUAUAUAUUUGAACACUCUUGUCUACAAUUCAACCAAGUAGAUUUAUAUGCUAGAUGCAAAUUACUCAGAGGCUGUAGCAGACAUUUUCAUGUUUUUUUUUCCUCAUUUGGCGGCUAAAAGUGAAUCUACGGGUUCGAGAUUGUUCUCAGAUUAUAUAGGUCUUGUCUCUGGCCUAUGUAAAUGUUGACAGACUAACAUUAUAUGACUAGAUGUUGAUCAUUUGUUAUCUGCGAUUCGUGCCAUACUUUGUGUUACGCCCAAACGUUGACCAAUUGAGUAAUGUCUUAUAUUUGGUUCAUUAUUUAUAGUUCUGCCAUUUUCAAACACAUUUUAUUUAAACUUUAUUUUGUUUUGUUUUUUACAUUUUCGCUUCGCAUUGUUUAAAUGUACAAUUUUUUUGAGUUAAUGCCAGAUAGACUACUUAGAAAUUGCAAUUUUUAUGUGGAUUCUUUUAUAAUCCUUUUGGUUUACCACUAAGUCAUUUUAUUUAGUAUUAAGCUACUGCUUUAAUUUAUUCAAAUGUAUCCCCGUUGCCUUGUUAAUGACUCAGUGAGCGAGUUAAUUAGUUUUUUACGCUAAUGAGCUGGUGCUCCGAUCGCAGCGAACACACUUGAACACAAGUAACACAGCGCAUUAACACUUUGCACUUUACACAGCCAAAACCAUGGCCUCGUAGCACCAUUUAAAGUCAAAUGCCUUCGUGUUGGCCGCUGUAGGCAUUUUCUUAUAUCCAUAACAUACAUGUUGACCACUGCAGGCACCAUUAAAAAAAAACAAUGCCUACAUUUUGUCACUGUAGAUUCAAGAAUUGACUUUUGUCUCUUAGCGUAUGCCUGGCACACAUAUACACACACAUAUACACACACACAGGUUUCUGUUGAAAGUCUUUCUCCAUCUGAUUCAAUUACGUUAUGGUUGCUCACGCGGUAGAGCCGCUAUCCCUGGGCUGAAGGGUCUUGGCUGUUCAUUUCUACACAACCUUACAGAGGAAUAGGGGAGGGGGGAUGGAGUUUUCAAACAGACUGUUAGUUUUGUUGAUUUUUACUCAGGCUUAAAAAAAAAAAACUAUUCUAGUGUAGAUCUUAUCUAAAAAGGUCGUUGGAGUCGUGGAAGGACAAACAAAGACAAUCACUAGUUGUCAGAGCCACAUAACAUCCUCGUACACAUUGUUAGCCAGGUAAACGUGUUAACUCUUCGUCACGUUAAGGACUCCAUAAAUUCGUUCAGUUCAUACAUUUAUUUUUUUCGAUCUGUUCAUCCUUUGUUCAUCCUCACUCGACCACCGAAAUGUUCAGCUUUAACGUUGAACUUUUUUGAUUUAAUGUGAAACAAUGUUCAUUUCAUUAGGGGGGGCUGCCUAACUAGAUCAUUUGUAUUGAUCCCCACGUGACGUGUUUAUCUUUCUUAACGGAAGACUUUAUGUAGCAGCCUACAGCUUUGUCGUCGCUCAAUGACAGGUGUCAUUCUAAGUUCCACCCCCCCCCUCCAACUACCUCCCCUCCCAUCUAUCCCAAACCAUUUCUAGAGAUGUCAACACUGUACCCCCCCUCCCCCGCUCCUCUCGCUCACUAACUAAGCCACCUCCUGCGCCAUGACAUUUAGAUAUGAACCAUGUAGAGGUACAUAGGUAUAAAAAUAUAGAUGUCUACUAGAGUGAUGUAGGUCAGAGGUUUACAAUAUGUGGCUCAUGUUCUACCAGUGAACCUUCGGGCAGAAUCUGUGGUGGCCAACUGCCAGCAAUGUAGCUCGAAGAUUCAAAUUCAGACUCUCGACCAUGUCAUCCCAUGAAUAAAAUACAGUUCAUUCCUGAAAAUAACUGAGAACCACAAAAAUAUGGCUUUUUAAAAAAUGUCCAAUUAAUAAUUUCUAAUAUAAAAUUUACACAUAUGUCGCAAAAAAAAAUGUCGCAAAGAACUUUGUCAGCAUCCUACCGCUAUUUCAAAAUGUUAGUAAAACGUUUGUAAAUGUCGUCUCUUCAUUUAUGGUCUAGGUAUUAGAGCCGUUAACUGAGCACUUCGCCUCAGGUUCAAUUCAAGUCCAGAGUUAAAUCCAGAGAUUGGGUUAUGAAACGCGUUACUGAUCGAUUUUAUAACAAUCGAAACAUUUGUUAUGACUAUAGACUAUGUGGUAGGAGCGAUUUGACUCUGGUUUCAAUGCUAAUAUUUUUAGGUCAAGUUUUUUAUUUUCCUACAGAAUAAAAGUGUCUUCCUGAAAGCUAUUUGUUAGCAGCUUACGGUUUUUAAGUUUUGCAUGUGUUAUUGGGAUGGUCACUUUCAAUAGUAUCUGAAGUAAUGGAAUUUCAACUUUAAAAAAAUUCCUACACAUUUCUAUUUUUUUUUUUUUUUUUUUUUUUAAACAAAGAACCAGUUUGUACUUCUGCCAAGAAAAAACUAAGAAACUAAUUUCCAUUUGAAAGAAAACACAUAAAACUCAAUAAUGUCACUUCCUUUAAUCUUUUUCUUUUCAACUUUAAAGAAAAUUAAUCAAAAGUUACACUCUUCACUUUGAAGUACAAUUUAUUUAUGGGAAAUAGGUUUUCUUAACUCGUAAGAUCGAAUCAUUUAACUCUCGCCUUGUCCUCAUCUUGAGUGACUGAAGUAGCUGCUUGUAUUCCUUGAAUAGGGAAACUAUGUCACGAGCUAAUGGCGAGAUCUGAUCAAUCAGCUUUAAGAGAAGUCUGGUCAAUGAGUCAAAUGACAUAUCUAUCCAUUGAGCUCAAUUUCCGGUCAAUGAACCAUAUCUGAUCAAUGAGCUAAAAGCGACCUCUGGUCACUAAGUUCCAAAGGACGUCUUUUCAAUUGUCUAAAAGUAAUAAUUGAUCUCUAAUUAUAAAAUGAUUUUUUUAAAUUGAGUCUUUUGACUCUUUCCUUACGAGUUCAUUUUGUUUCGAAUGUUAGACCCGAGCUAGAAACCUAUAUGAAGCACUAGGUCAGGCUCAAGAAAACGUAUCACGUGACACGUAUUACGUGAUUAUUGUCUAAAAAUAAACGUAAGAAAACGAGCCCCCACAAAGCUUUUUCAUCUUUUUUUAAUGAUACGCCCCUGAUUAGCAGCGCGAGCAAUUAACACAUAUCUUAGGAUACAAUUACUUACCACUGUUACGGGCGCCGUCAAAGAGCAAUUAAGGAUAGUUAUCAGGGACUGGACAUUUGCAAAGCUAUUUCUAUCGGAGGAAUAGGAGGGGGGGGCAGGAUGCCAUUACAUACAAGGGGGACGCUCUUGAGUUUCAGAAGGGCAGACCCCGCCCCUACUUUUAUUUGUACACUAAAAGUGCUGAGUCAGUCAUGGCGUUCUUAUUUGCUGUUUCAUUGAACACACGUGAAAGCAUACUCUACGUGAAGUGAAUUCUUACCGCUCCAAGGGACAUCGCCUUAAACGAUAAGUCAGUCAAACAUAGCUUUGUCGAGCUUAAUGAACUUUAUGACUUAAAAGAAAAUAGUAUAGGUUCAUUUUUAGCUCUGCGUUUACAGGUCAGAAUCUUAAAAGAAAGAAAUAAUUCAGGCUCUCGAUUUCCUUUAAGUUCUCAGUUCCCAAGUUAGGUCAUGAAUAUAACUUCCUUUAAGUUCUCAGUUCCCAAGUUAGGUCAUGAAUAUAACUUCCUUUAAGCUCUCAGUUCCCAAGUUACGUCAGGAAUACAACUUCCUUUAAGCUCUCAGUUCCCAAGUUAGGUCAUGAAUAUAACUUAAGCUCUCAGUUCCCAAGUUAGGUCAUGAAUAUAACUUCCUUUAAGUUCUCAGUUCCCAAGUUAGGUCAUGAAUAUAACUUCCUUUAAGCUCUCAGUUCCCAAGUUACGUCAGGAAUACAACUUCCUUUAAGCUCUCAGUUCCCAAGUUAGGUCAUGAAUAUAACUUAAGCUCUCAGUUCCCAAGUUAGGUCAUGAAUAUAACUUUCUUUAAGCUCUCAGUUCCCAAGUUACGUCAGGAAUACAACUUCCUUUAAGCUCUCAGUUCCCAAGUUAGAUCAUGAAUAUAACUUCCUUUAAGCUCUCAGUUCCCAAGUUACAUCAUGAAUAUAACUUCCUUUAAGCUCUCAGUUCCCAAGUUACAUCAUGAAUAUAACUUCCUUUAAGCUCUCAGUUUCCAAGUUACGUCAGGAAUACAACUUCCUUUAAGCUCUCAGUUCCCAAGUUAGAUCAUGAAUAUAACUUCCUUUAAGCUCUCAGUUCCCAAGUUACAUCACGAAUAUAACUUCCUUUAAGCUCUCAGUUCCCAAGUUACAUCACGAAUAUAACUUCCUUUCGACUCAGUAUUUAUUUAUCCUCAAUGGAGAUUCUUUAAUUUGUAUUCAACCUAUUUGCUAAGCCUUUGCACAAAAUGUAGCAGCAUAAAGCGCAAAUGAAAUAAAUGAAAAAAGGUGAUACUAUAUAUUGCUACCUACCCACUCCAUAUAAAAGAAAAGUAAAUCCCUAGUCAUACAUUUUCAUUUUCGGUUAAUUGUUAAUGCCUCUCCAAUAACAAGUGGAUAACAAUGGCUUUGUCCAUUAGUGGAAUCUCUCGCGUUAUUUCUUCUCUGGUCCCACGAGUCUCGAAAGAAUGAAACAAAGAGACAAUUGUUUCGUUUUCUGCCUUAAUAUUUUAUGUUUAGUUUCCUGCCCAGUUCGUCAUGGGAAUGCAUGUGUUCCUUUCUAAUUACGUCAUCAAAAAAGUCGUAGAUUGAAGUGUUAGAAACAAUGAAGAGUAGUAAAAAAAAAAGAAGUGUGCGCCGCAGACGUGAUUAAAAGUAAUUGAGAGUCGGUCUGGGAACUUUUUGUUUCUCCACGUAGUCUGGCUAGAAGAACCGGAGUGUGGGGGAGAUAAGGUGUCUGGAUUACACAAUUGUGAAAAAUUGCAGGUGUGAACAAGCAUGCCUACAGGUGUGAGACUGGGGACUUGUGUUCAUCGUCUGCUGGACGUAGUCGUUUUCUUUUAACACCGCGUGCUAAAAUACAGAGAGAGAGAGAAAGAGAGAGAGAGAGAAAGAGAGAGAGAGAGAGAGAGAAUGUAAUAGAAAAUUUACUUCCGAUGGUAGACGCAGACGGCGAAAAGAGAGCCUAAAAUCGAAAUCGACCACCGCCGAGAAACGGUUAUGUCUGCGCUGGAUGCGGCACAAUCUAUAGGUCACAGAUGGGACUGUGUAGCCAACUAAAAUACUAGACUCCUUUUUAAUGUUCGGACUCGAAGUAAAGGCUUAUUAUUAUUAUUAUAUUAUUAUUAUUUGUCAACUAUCUAUUAACUUUAAUAGAGACGAGGUAAUAGUUCCAUCUGUUGAAGCAGAGUUCACGCACAGGCCGGCCAGAUACUGUGUGUUCUACACAACUUAGUGAGAACGUCGACCUCGAGUGAAAGCCAUUGAGUUAGACGUCUGUCAGAGGCUUGCUGGAAUGACUAAUCAACAUCCUUGGUAGAUCUAGAAGUUUAGUAGCGAGUAAGUGAUGAUUUCAAUCAGCUCGCGUCAGAUCCGUGACUAAUUCUAACCCCCAUUGAGACAACCAGCAGUCUACCUCGCCAGCCCAAGUCUAUAUGUAACUCAAGUGUCCGCCCCCCCCCCCACCCCCAACGUUCAUAUUGUUCUCAUACUUAAGCAGCUCACCUAAGUGUGUGCGUGUGUGUGUGUGGAUGCUUGUGGAUUUGUGAGUUUAUAUGUGUGUGUGUGUGUGUGUUUGAGGGUUUUGGGGGGGGGAGAGAUGAAGAGACAUUUAUUAUUUUAUUCGGAAAGGCAAAAUUUAGAUAUUAAAUUUGAUUAGUUCCUUUUAAAGACACAAUGGUCAAUGCAAUGAUGUAGACCUAUAUUUUAAUAUAGAGAUAUAGAGUGUGGUCCAUAGUCUAGCCAGUAGAAUGCCUCAAUAGUCUAGACAUUGGUCACUAGACUGACAUAUAGGAAAGUAUUCGAACAAAACAAAAGCUUUGUCAUGCAGCUAUUGAAUGUCUAUAAAUUUGGUUUCGUUACGACACAACAAUGUUGUUGACAAAUCAGACGAGAAGGUUUCGUCUCAUUGUAAUUAGGCUUACUAGCCGCCCCCCCCCCCCCCCAAUUUUUUUUUCCCAGCCAGAGUGCAAUAUAGGGGUCAUUAACAAUCUAUAUUUCCGAAAAUUGCCAAGUACCCUUCGGUCACAGCGCGUAAAAAAGCUAGCCUAUUCGCAAUGUGGCUAGACUUUAGCAUUGAGUAUAGUAUGAACAUAUUAAAAAAACUCACUAAAACAUAGUGUCCCCGCCCCACACACUAACACAUACAUAGGUUACACACGAAGUCUAACUUACAGGAAGGUUAUCUUGUGACAACUGUAACUCAAUCCGUCUUGAAUACAAUUUGAAGCUCUAAGUUCAGUCUGGAGGAUGCUAUAACCCUCCUUGCAUAAUACUAGACAAACCACAAAGAAAUGUUACAAUUAUUUUAUUCGCUGUACAAUGCAUAUUUUAUUUAUUAAGUGUUGGUUGUUAUGUUGUUUUUUUUAGACCUUGGGGGUCAUCCAUUUAAGACGUCCUUACCUUCAGGUGUGCCUAAGGGCGCGCGUGAUAAAAGCCGCAGAAUUGAAAAAAAAAGGAUUUUUAAGCGUCAAAUAUGGAUGACUCCUCUUAGUGUUUUACUAAGUCGACAGUAUUCUAAGUCAUUUUCCUUGUUAUUCCCUUGUUUCAUGCUAUUCAUUCUGUAAUUAGUCAAUGUAACGUCAAUUGCGUCAUCAGUUUAUGUGUGUAUAUUGUCAGCUACACUUCAUUUUGUUUUUGUAAAACGUCAAAUUGCGUCAUCGAUUUGUAAGGCUACAUUUCUAUUAUGUGUCUUUUGUUUCUUGUGCGUACAAUACCAUUCAUUUUCGAUUGGUAAGAUAAUCGCCAUCUUGUUUAACUUUAUUACACUGUGUGUAGGAACUUGAUGCCAAAAUGUCUGAAAUUUCAGUAUUUGUAAAUAUAAGUUCAAAAUUAUUGUAUAAUUCAAAAUAAUAAUUUGUUUAUAGACAUUCAGAUCCAUGAACUUAAGUUUCAGUAAUGUCUAAAAUUUAAUAAGAAAAAAAAUUCAUCUUCAUGUGAAUACGGUCUCUUCCUGACUGACGUUACAAAAGGAUGCCUCGUAGUUACGUCAUAGCAGGGGUAUCACCACCGUCAUGUAUAUAUAAUUACAACAUACUCUCUUGCUUUCUUUAUGUUUUUGUAUCAUCUUUUUCUUUGUUGUCAUUCACGGGACCAUUUGUAAUCUCUAACCGAAUGAGUUCAAGAAGUCUUCCGAAGCAUCUGUAAUCUUCCAGAUCCCGGGCAGAUGAAUGUAAAAAAAAAUCUUUCUCAUUAAUAAAUGGAUACUUUUUUGUAUUGCUGAUUUGUUUAUUUAUUAUGUAUGCAGUAUAUUUGCAUGGCUUCACCGUACUCUAUUUCACGAAAUCCAUAUUGCUAGAAAAAAGAGUUUGGGUUGUUUUAUGUCCUUUCCUUUCAGACCUUUUUUUUUUUUAAAUAUUUCCAAUUUAUAUUUUACUUUUGGUUUAGCUCAUUUGAAUAUCUAUUUCAUUACAGGUAUAAUGUAUGGAACUUUAUUGCAAUACAUUUGUUUGUUUUGUAAAUAUCUAAUUUAGAGCAGGUGCCUUGUAUUGAAAUGAUUGCGUCAAUCUUUUUUUUUUUUUUUAGUUAUGUUUUAUUUUAUAGAAUCUGCAUGUCGUUAGGGACAUUAAAUCUAGAACUAUACAGAAUCUCUACAAACUUGUGUUUCAAUUAAACAAAAAGAAUCAAUGAAUAAACGAAAUAAAAACAUCUAAAAGUUAAAGUACACAAUACUGCGUUCCUCUUUACCUGUCAGUAUAGAUGUGUGCUUAUAUUGAAAAGUGUAUGGUUAGAACCAUGUUCCGGCAGAUUUCUCCUAAAAGUCAUGAAACAAGGAUGUUAUUAAUAUCACAAUUAAAUGGGUCUUUUGAUCUUAAUUGUUUUGUUCUCAUGGUCAUUUUUUUGUUUCAAUAAAAAGAUAUCUACAUGAA